GCCGAAACAGCUGUUCAUGUAGAAUUAUUGAGUUGGCUUUUAUUUCAUAAAUUUAUACAAUUCAAAUUGGCAGCAGCAAUAUGGAAAAGUGGCUGGGCGACACUUUGUCCAAGUGCCUCGAUUGUGUGGUCACCGAUCAAAUGAUGUCCACUAUUUUGGCCAUACGCGACGACUCUGAGUUCGACAGUUACUUUGAUAAUCUGCUCAACAAGGAUAAUGAAGAGCAUCGAAUGUUUCUGUUGAACUGUCGCCACAUGCUGCUCAGUGGCAAGCAGCCGCGCAGCAGCCACCAAGCCAAAGGCAAGUCACCCACAGGUGGAGGCAGUGGCGGUGGAACCGGCGGCGGUGGUGGAGGAGGAGGAGCGGCUAAGAAGCAGGGAAAAUAUGUGAAUCUGUAUGCCAAGGAUGGCCAAGUGCUGGGUGCCAAUGUGCUGUUGAAGGGACGACGCAGCUGCGAUUGCCAGGCAGCCGAACACAAGCUGAUCAACAAUUGUCUCGGUUGCGGACGCAUUGUUUGCGAACAGGAGGGCAGCGGUCCAUGUCUGUUUUGCGGACAGCUUGUCUACACACCCGAGGAAGAGCUCAAGAUGGCCAAGGCGGCCACACGGCAGCCUAAACAACAAGCUGGCGGCAAGAAGUCCUCCAACAAGGCGCUGCAGGAGGCGUUGGCACAGCGUGAUCGUCUGCUGGAAUACGACAAGAAUAGUGAGAAACGUACCACGGUGAUUGACGAUGAGCUGGACUAUUUCCAGGAGAACUCCGUCUGGCUGACGGAUGUGGAGCGCGAGAAGUACGAGCAGCUGAAGAGCGAGAUGCAUGAUUUGAAGCACGGCAGCCGUUUGAAGCGCAAGAUUAAAGUGGAUUUCGCUGGCCGUGAGCUGCCAGAUGAAUCGUUAAUCAGCAAGGAGUACGAACAGCAGGUGUUGCGCCAACUGGCUGCAGUGAGCAAGCAACAAGCAGCAGCUACUGCUGGCACCACGACAACGUGUCUAAUUGGCCACUCUGCCAUGGGAUUGGCGCCCAAUUUGGAUGUGGCUAAGGCGCCCACUUAUCGUCCCAACAAGGAGCAACAGCAGUGGCCAGCCGUGCCCACACACGAUGGUCUGGAGCGUGUCUACAAUCGGGUGCAGGAUAAGGAGCUGCUAGAGCUGCAGGACAUGCGACAGUGUCUGUCCAUGCAUCAGCCGUGGGCCUCGCUGCUCGUGGCAGGCAUUAAGAGGCAUGAAGGUCGUGUUUGGUACAGCGAGCAUCGAGGCCGCCUGUGGAUAGCCUCGACUUCCAAGGAGCCGCAUGCAGAUGACAUUGCCCAAAUGGAGCAGUUCUAUCGAGUGCUCUACAAUGAUGACAAUCUGGAAUUCCCCAAGCAUUAUCCAACCAGCAGUCUGCUGGGCUGUGUGCAUGUUGACAACUGUCUGCCCCAGGAGGAAUAUCGGGAUUUGUAUCCUCAGGGUGAAUCCGAUAGUCCCUAUGUGUUUGUCUGCACCAAUCCCGAACAGUUGCCAAUGCUGCUGCCAGUCCACGGGGAACACAAGAUCUAUGAGUUGCCUCUGAAGACACACAAUGCCGCAUGCAAGACACUUCUUCGUGCACGCGUUAACAAAGGCUGAGCAUUUUCAUAAUUAUAAUUGAACAUUGAACAUUCGAAACAAAAUAUUUAAAAAACGCGUAGUUCCAAAACACUUUUUAAGUUAAUGUAAAGUUAGCAUUUAAAGUGCUCUAAACAAAAAUGUAAAGUAAUUUCUAGUUCCAAUAUAUGUAUUUUAAAGUGGAUGUAAAUUAUGAAUUUAAAGUGUUUGAAACAAUAAAAAUAGUCUUAAGUGA